UCUUAAUAACGAGGAAAAAACAUGCAGUGAAGUGGAGAAUAUGCGGAGUCUUCUUUCGCCGGCUAGCCGAUGGGUAACCAUCCAUCAAUGAGGGUUUACGAUUUCCGCCGAUUUCUCGUGCGGCUCGGACGAUGGUGAAAGCAUUCCCCGUGGUUGGCACGAUUUUAACAGAUAAACUGGUCAGAUUCCAGGCUCUCCGCGAUCUGAUGGCAUCGUUGUGGCGUUGAGUUAGAGGUGUGUUGAUUCAAGAUAUCGGGGAGAAGAGUUUCAGGUAGGACUUGAAGGUUGCUACCACGCCCGUUGCUUCGGGAAGAUCAAAGGAGGAGGACGUGGUUCGUGCUUCUUCCGUUUCUGUUUUAAACAAUUACAAUAAUGCUCAUGGAAAUUAUUUUGAAUACUAUUUGGGGGCUUGUAUGCCCAUGUUUGCCACGUGUGGCUUGAAUACGUGUAUUAAUGUUUCCGCUGCUUUAAAUGAAUAUUUUACAUUAUGUUUGUUUAUGGAUGUACUAUGUGUGAAUGGUAUUCAAGACGCCUAGUAUAGUAUGUAUGAGUUGGACUGCGGUUGACUAUUCGUACUGUACGGCGGGUUGUUGACGUGUCCGGUAGGUCCGGGGCGUGACAAUUUAAUUGGUAUCAGAGCCUUAGUCCAUAAACUUCAUAAUGAAGUCUCAAAAUUCUCUUUUCAAAAUGAUUUUUGAAAACCAUGAGCAAAAAUGUUUUGUACUUAAGAACUUUUGGUGUUUGAGUUGCAAGGUCUCUAAUUGUUAAGAUGGCGCCCUUAACCAUUGGUAUGGCGACGACUUGGCCCAAGAGAUGUCUUAAGUACCUAUCUGUCAGUUGACAUUUGAAACGAGUCUAAUGACUCAUUCCAAUUAUUUCUUUCAGUGAUGGAGGGUGAUUGUGGUACUAUGAAUAGGGAGAACUCGGAAGGGUUUGCACCGGGUGGAACCGGGCAUGCCAACCGAGAAAAGCCUGUAGGAAUAAAGGUUCACGAAAUUCUAGAAGCUCAAAUCGUGAGUGGCGGUCAUGUUAGAACCAAUGAAGAAUCACCUUGUCAUAGCAAAAUUGAAACACUCAAGGCUUCGGGUGACGAGGGAGAUGAUUUGAGUGAUGAGAACCUUGAUGGUGCACCCAUUGAACAAAUGGGCAUGGUCAUAGAUUGGCUUCAACGUGAACGUGUGAGGCUUAUACAAAAACGCCAAGCUAGGCAAGCUGAGGGCAUACCGUUAGUAAGGAAAAGGAGGUGGGGAGACAACGAUUCCCAAAGACAUUCAAGAAGGACAAACGUUGAGGGUGACAAAACCUUCAGGGCGCAGACACUAUCACUUGAGUGGAGUCGGGGCUCGGGUGGCCAGAACUCGAGGUCAAAGGGUCCGAGGGUACCUAGGUGCAACAAUUGCAAGAAACACCACUCGGGUAAGUGUCACGACCCUCCUAAGUGCUAUCAUUGCACAGAGGUCGGGCACACGAGAGUGAGCUGCCCACAAAUUGUGCAAAACCAAACUUCGGGGUCAAGUGGUGGAACUACAAGAAAUGAAAACCAAACCGAGGUUUCUCAAGGGAGCAGGGGACAUGGGGGAGCAAGCACGAGCAAUGCGCCAUCCGUGAACCAAGGAAGGACCCAAGCUAGGGUCUAUGCGAUGAUAGAGGCGGAUGCUCAAGCUAACCCGGAUUCCGUUGCAGGUAUUGCCUCCCGUAUACUAGUGUUUUAUCCUUAAUUAGUCCAUAAAUUAAGGUUACUAAUCGUUGGGAUCAUUGCACGAAAUUUUGGGAUCAAACGGAGCGAAAUCGGGCGAAAGACGGCUGAUUUCCGCCAAUGCACACCAGGCUGGACCCUACGCACGGCCGUGCGUUGUCCGUGCGUUGGUCCGUGCGUUGGUGGCAGUAGCAACCGGGAAGAAAUUGCUAUACGCACGGCCGUGCGUUGUCCGUGCGUUGGUCCGUGCGUUGGUGGCAGUAGCUCCGUUUUGAGGUUAUAAGACACGCACGCCGUGCGUACCUCCUAGGCACGCCGUGCGUACCUCCUGGACAGCCCAAAGUCGACUUUUUCGCGCCGUAUUGCAACGUUAAGACCCGUUCUUGAUCCCAAACACGUGUGUGAACAUAAUAAACCUCUCUAAAUGAGUAGGGAGGGUAGGAAAGAUGUCUUACAUGGUUCAUGAAUGUAGGGACACUAAAGAUUAAUGGGAAGGAUGCGCGAAUCCUUAUCGAUACCGGGGCGCAACGUUCAUUUGUGAAUGAAGCGUUCGCCAAGAGUUUGGAAGUGCAAUCCGCACCAUUGAUGCAAACCUUAGUGGUAUCAACACCACUAGGGGAUGACGUGGAAAC